AUGCCCAAUAUGCCACCUUCACCAAAUUUAAGAGUAUCGGAAUCAACACCAUUCUAUAGAACUGGUCUUGAUUACCUUGGUCCAUUGUUCAUAAAAACUGAAAAGGACCCUAGAAAGGUUUGGAUAUGUUUAUUCAUUUGUUUGACUAGAGCCGUUCAUGUAGAAAUGGUUGAAGAUAUGACAACUGAAGAAUUUUUAUUGGCAUUUUGUAGUAUUAUUGCUCAAAGAGGAAAGCCGGAAAUAGUGAUAAGCGAUAAUGCAUUGCAUUUCAAAGUGGCAAACAAAGCCUUAGAGAAUGUUUUGAAAACUGUUUUGAUCUCUGAAGACGUUCAAAACUAUGCAUCCAAUGCUAAAAUAAAAUGGAAAUUUAUUGUCCAACUAUCCCCCUGGAUGGGAGGCUAUUAUAAAAGAUUUGUCGGACUUGCUAAGCGAAUAAUUCGUAAAACAAUUGGUUAA